AUCAUUUUCUUGAAGAGAUGCGUGUAGUUUUAUGACUUAAAUACAUAAAAAAAAAAAUCACUUUUCAAUACAGAUGAUCCUGAAGCUGAUUGUCUCCCCUGCCAUGUUGCUGAAUGACCGGAUCUAGCUGCCCUCUCCUGUAGUCGGGACUUUCGAGCGGACUAGGACCUUUUCUUAUGAUCUUUAUGCUGUGCUGCCAGUCUUGAUAGAGCUCUCUUCUUCACUUCAGGAGCUCCAAUACCAACAUCUGGUCAUCUGAAGAUGAUGUAUCUGGUUCGAACCGAGGAACAUUGAACGCACCCACCAGCUAUCACCGUCAUCUCCAGAGCACACCUCGGAGUGCUGCCUACACUUGGAACAGUCCCCUGAAUAGCACCACACGGUGGCAUCUAACACAUCGGGUAAGCGACUGAUGAUAGUCUCCAUGUUACAGUUGUGUGUUUUCAUGAGGGAAUUGAAGACCAUGCUGCUCCUGGCUUUCAAGUCUUGGGGAAAACACCUUCUGUGAGAGAGACCUCAUAAUUCUGGUACGUCCGGGAAACAUGGAGUCACUGAACUUAGCACUGUUUGAUUUCCGAAACUGUGCUCUACCUAUGUGAGUCGGGUCAGCAAGUCUCUCCACUUUCCACAUCGGAUAUAGGGCUCGCAUGGCCUUGGGCGCUAGUACCAUCUCCAUCCGUAGUGGCAUAUUUCACAAGGACACCUUGUCUGGUCAGCUGCUCUCCAAUGUCCUUCCCCAUGGUAUACUCGGAGAGGCCGUCAAACCGGCUGGUGUUGGCUGUGCACUCAUGGUGACCACUAGGACAGUCAACAUCAUACCCCCUCCCUCUCAGCCAAGCGCCUGUCCAGCAAUGUUUGUUGUGGCACGUCCAAGUAUCCACUUCUUUGGAGUACAUGUCUCAAUUCCCAAGCUUAUUCCCCGAGAGGCAUUCAGUCCAGGCUUCUUAGAGCUUCCCAAUGUAAUACUGUUGUACCGCCCAUCCACAGCUAUUCCGAUGGUGCUCGGAGACUCCUGUCCUCUCAGGGUAUUGUCCUGUACCACCAGUCGAGUCUUUUCCUCCAUGUCCGUUUUGUUAAGGGCAGUAAUGUCCCGUGACACCUGGUUGGCCUGUCGUUGCAUCCCACUUUUGGCACCUGCAGGUAUAUUCAGGUGUCCGAGAAGAAGUCUAGCUCCUUUGGUGCUGACGGACUGUCCACACAGUGCUGAAGGUAGAUAUUUGUUAAUUAGUGCUGGCUUUGGUCCAGGCUUCUCCGAGUCCGCUUCUCUGUAAAUUUUAUAAAGCUGAGACUUGUACUCACACUUGACACACUGCACAGAGCAACUCCAUCCCAGGGCCAAUUUCUUCUCGGACACUAGGUUGAAAUACCGGUACAACUGGUGUGACAUUGCUCUGCGUGUACAUUGAUGACAUCGUUCCACAUCUUCAUCAUCAAGAUAACAUUAAUUAUCCGGUUUCCCUCUAUUUCAGUCUCCGAGGCGGUUGAUGCCUGUAUUGUACAGGGUCUAUCUUCGGUGUCCGCUGCUACAUUGGAUUGACUUUCCGGUCUUGGUGUUGUCACCAGCUGAGAUACUUUGGUGACGGUCAGUCUUCUGGUCAGAACUGGGGUCACCUCUGUCUUGACAGGUGUGUCCCUUACAUCUUGGAGAACUAGGCCUUUAUUCUUUGGGGUGUUUCCAGGUUUGAAAUGGUUAUUUCUUCUAUUUCUCCUUUCAUACUUGUAUUGGUCAGUAGUGGUCAGUGGUGGUCAGAUGUGUUUGGAGUACAAAACUGAAGAGGCUAGAAUAUUAUCAUUAAACAGAUAUGCCCAUUAAGCCACCUCCCUCACCCCCACCCCUUCCCUGCCUCUGGCUAGACAGCCUAACAGUACAUGUAAACAAGUGUUGGCUACAGUGUGUCCAUGGUGGUCACUCACUGUGAUUGGUCACUGCAUGUCUUUAGUACUACCUGUAGAUUAUCUCAUGUUUUUAUGAAACCUAAUUAAUACUUUGA